AUGGACAUGUUCCAAGUGCUGGAGUGGGUGAACAGCAGCACGACGUGGAACAUUUACCCUUCGCUGGCCAUUUCGGUGUCGAUGUGCACGCGCAUCUACAAGACCAGCACGGGGAUGGACGCGAAGUACGGCGACACGUGUGUGGACAACGGCACUCCGCCCGGCCCAUCUGCCGCGUAUUGCAACGAUCCCAAGAAGUACUACCACAUUUUCGAUACUCACUACCCAGACCUGGUAGGAUACAGCUACAAUACAAACUUCGGAGAAUUCAUGGCGACCUUCGAACUGCCGUCAGCUGUUACGGAAAAGCUAUGCGAGGCCAAGUACCGGUACGAGAGCUUGGAUAUAAGCUUGGCGCUCUUCGACAUCGAGUGCGAAGACUGGCAGGGAGUCUGCGUCAGCAGAGACUCGAACGUGGUCACAGGCCACGACAGGAUCAGCUUCAUCUACCAGUACAGUUCCGGCACGACGAUUGCAAAGCUGAAAGCGCGGUCAAUCCCCGAUUGCCCGUGA